AGGCGAGAGAGAUAGAAGGAGAAAAAGAGAAAGGAGGGUUGGGAGGUACUUGAAGAAGGUGAGAAAGAGAGAGAUAGAAGGUGAAGAGAAGACCUCAGGAGAGAGAACCAAGAGUGGGAAAUGUGGAGGGGAAACAGCCCAGGGGGUAACCCGGGAGCAGCCACAGAGGGAACCGGUGGAGACCUGGGAGGACAGGGGAACUGGGGUCUGGAAGAUGCCCCAGGCCUCCUGGUCAGGGCCUCCCUGCCCAUCAUGCCUGCGUGGCCAUCGCCCUUGGCCUCCUCAGCCCUCACCCUGCUCCUUGGAGCCCUCACUUCCCUUUUCCUCUGGUACUGUUACCGCCUGGGCUCCCAAGACAUGCAGGCUCUCGGGGCUGGGAGUCGGGCUGGGAGUGUCAGUGGGGGGCCUAGGGGAUGCUCUGAGACUGGCAGGCCAAGCCCAGGGAGCUCUGGGGAGCCUAGGGAAGGACCCAGGGCAGAAGGCCUAGUGAGCCGUCGCCUGCGGGCCUACGCCAGGCGCUACUCCUGGGCGGGCAUGGGUAGGGUGAGGCGGGCAGCUCAAGGUGGCCCAGGCCCUGGGGGAGGGCCGGGGGUCCUGGGCAUUCAGCGCCCAGGCCUGCUUUUUUUGCCAGACCUGCCCUCAGCCCCCUUCAUGCCACGGGAUGCCCAGCGGCAUGACGUGGAGCUCCUGGAGAGCAGCUUCCCUGCCAUUUUGCGGGACUUCGGGGCUGUGAGCUGGGACUUCUCAGGGACUACUCCUCUGCCUCGGGGCUGGUCCCCACCCCUGGCCCCUGGGUGCUACCAGCUCCUGCUGUACCAAGCAGGCCGGUGCCAACCCAGCAACUGCCGCCGGUGUCCGGGGGCCUAUCGGGCACUGAGGGGGCUGCGGAGCUUUAUGAGUGCCAACACCUUCGGCAAUGCUGGCUUUUCUGUCCUCCUGCCUGGGGCCCGGCUUGAGGGUCGCUGUGGGCCCACCAAUGCCCGGGUCAGAUGCCAUCUGGGCCUGAAGAUUCCUCCCGGCUGUGAGCUCGUGGUCGGGGGCGAGCCCCAGUGCUGGGCUGAGGGACACUGUCUACUGGUGGACGACUCCUUCCUGAACACAGUGGCUCAUAAUGGCUCUCCCGAAGACGGGCCUCGGGUGGUCUUCAUCGUGGACCUUUGGCACCCCAACGUGGCCGGGGCCGAGCGCCAGGCCCUUGACUUUGUCUUCGCACCAGACCCUUGAAGGAAGGGGCUCCCUUCAGACACCUGGGCUGGAGAGGUGCUGCACUACCCAGGGAUGGCUUGAGUGGUAGCCAGGACCUCCUCUCCGCUGCAGGGGGUGGGGUGGGGCUGAGGGUGGGAACUGGCCAGCCUACACUGAAAUACAGAUUUUAAGUCCUCUCCUAACUCCUUCAUCCAGCUACCAGCCCAGUAAAAGGCUUGGGGCGGGAGCUCCUGUCCUCUCCCAUCCAACUAGCCAAGUACCUCCUUAACACAAGCCAUCUCCUUGACCCUCUCCCCCGGAGCCAGCACCAGACCCUCAGCUCAACUUUAUUCCAAUAAUUUAAUAGAAAAUUAAAAUAAAUAAUAUGUAAUAGAUUGAGAA